UGGGGCUAGGCCAACUCGAGGGAUUGGCAGACUUUAGGGAGUGGUCCUCACCUCCGAUCUUCCGUGCAGUCCAGUAAGGGUCUGGCCAUCAACCACAGCAAGGAUGCUCCUGGGGUUUCAGAGAGGCCGCAAGAGGAAGUAUAAACACAUCAUCCAUGGCCUUCUCCCUGCAGCCAGCAUCGCACCGAAGCCCGCUGUGCCCCGCACACCCCCUCCGCGCAGCCCCAACCCCUCUCCAGAGAGACCAAGAUCUGCUCUGGCGGCAGCCAUUCUAGCAACAACACUGACUGGCCGGACCGUGGCCAUUCCUCAGCCUCGCCGGAGAUCCCACUCUGAGAGCGACAUGACCUACAUGGAAAAGGACAGUUUGAUCGAGCCCUACGCCACUACCUCAGAGCUGAGGCAUCAACCACACUGGCAGAAUGAAGCGGGGAGAUCUUCUCUGCCAUCCUUUGAAAUGCUGGGCUAUGAGGAGGCUGAGGACACGGACUCGCACCUGUCAUCCAGCCGCAGGCAGUCUGGAGACGCCAGCGCUUGCAAGGAAGAGGGAAGUCUCAGCGACGCCAUGUAUGCCACGCCACACAGAAACCAGGUUCCAUCAUCACACGAGGUGGACACUGAAGAUGAGGAAAGUAUUUCUGAACAAGAUGGGUUUCCAGGCUCACCUGUUCCACCAGAGAAUACACAAGAAAAAGAUGGAAAACACUCUCUUCUGAAAUUAAAGGAUGAAAAACCACCAUUAUGUGAAAAGCCUCCCCUCUGUCCAGAUAUAACUGGUAGAACACGUCAAAGAUGUAUAGAAAUAACCAAAGAAAAGUUAGAGGAAUUAAAAGAAGAAAAUUUGCAUCUAAACAAUGCAAAUCAAGCCCUUACACAUGAACUUAAUAUAACAAAAAAAACAGUGAAAGAACUACAGUUAAAACUUGAAAGGAUGAAAAAAGGAAAUGGAAAGCCAAAAGCGGUGGAGAAAGCAUCCUCUCAGGAAGUAGUUGCUGCACCUGAAUUACAUUAUCUAAGAAAACAAGCUCAAGAACUGGUGGAUGAAAAUGAUGGAUUGAAAAUGACUGUUCAUCGUUUGAAUGUGGAACUGAGUAGAUAUCAAACAAAAUUUAGACAUUUAUCCAAGAAAGAGAGUUUAAAUAUCGAAGGCCUCCCAUCAAAGGGCCCUAUACCACCCUGGUUGGUGGAUAUAAAAUACCUGUCCCCCUUGUUGCUCGCCUACGAAGACAGGAUGAAAGAGAAGGACGAGCUCAUUGGCAGUCUUCAGGAGGAAAUGAGAAUGUUUAGAAUUCGAGCCCAGGAAGUGGUGAAAGAAAAUGAGAAGCUGCAUCAAGAGCUGAAAAAGUGUAGUCCCGUCACCAGUGAAGAAUGGCGGCAGCUUCAGACUCAAGCAGAACUGGUUUUAGAAGAAAACAAGUUGUUGAUAGAGCAGUUGGAGAUUCAGCAAAGAAAAGCCAAGGGCACCCAGCAGGAGCAUCUCCAGGAAGUUUCUAAACUGACUAAACAGCUGAUGCUUCUAGAGACUAAAACACAGAGCCAAGAAAAGGCGCUAACUGAAAGUAAGGAGCAAUUAGCAAUUUUACGUAUGGAAUGCCAAGAACUACAGAUACAGUUGGACAGCAAAGUUGCAAUGGAAGUUCACACUUCAAUUGUGAAUGAAUUUAAAAGCCAGUUGCAGAAAGAAGAAGAGAAAGAAAAUGCUGAGAUGGAAGAGUUGAUGGAAAAGCUGGCAGCCCUACAAGUGCAGAAAAAGAGCCUGCUCUUAGAGAAGAAAAACCUGACAGCUAGAAACAAGGCAGUGGAAGCCGAACUCGAAAAGGCGCAGAAAAUAAACAGGAGAUCUCAAAAGAAAAUUGAUGUCCUCAAAAAGCAGGUGGAGAAAGCCAUGGAGAAUGAAAUGUCUGCUCACCAGUACCUGGCAAAUCUUGUCGGCCUGGCAGAGAAUGUGACCCAGGAGCGUGACAGUCUUGUGCUUUUGGCUAAAUGUUUAGAAAGUGAGAACCAUGGCGUUCUCGACAGAAUGACAGAAGACAGUAUUCGCUUGGGAAGGCUGAAAGAGAAAAUCAAGGGGUACAAGAAGCAGAUGGCACUGAAGCUGGGCAACAUGAACCAUCAUCUGACAGAGCAGCAGGAGGACUUUGCUAGCAAGACAGCUCAGUACCAGCAGGAGAUGAGGCACCUCCAUCGGAUGCUCCUGGACAAGCAGGAUGUCCUGGACAAGGCGCUGCAGCAGAAAAGAGAAGUGGAAGGUGAGCUGGAAGUUGUGUGGGAGUCCACGUCCAAGGAAAACCGGAGGAUCCGAGAACUUCUCCAGGCCACGCUGGAGAGGACAGACCCCUGGGAGAACACCAGAGCUUCCGAGGACCGCUGCCUGGAUGUUAUCUCUCAGCAAGACGUGCUGGAUGCUGUGACAUGAAGCCACCGCCUACCACUCUCCAGGGCCUGCGGGAGCCCCCCGGGCAAGGGCCCCUGGGGGAGGGCUCCGCCUUACCCAGGACAGGGAGGGGUGGAGGGAGGGCAGAUCCCACCCAGAUCCCACCCACCCCCGCAGGUCUCUUGAGAAGAAAUAAAUGGUCUCAGAAAUUUAACCCAGGUUUUUACAUUUUUCUCUAUUUUAAAAUUGUGCUGCUGAGCUAUAUUUAGCCAGUACACACCCUCUGACCAUAUUGCCACUGAGCUGGACUCCACUGCCCCGCUGAGACCCACUGCUCAGGCUCACAGGUGACCUGGCAAAGCUGGCUGGCCUCCAGGGGAAGGGCAGGCAGGCCCAGCGCUCAGCCUGCCCUCAAUGAGUCAGUUUAAUUGGCUGAGCCUUGGAUGGAAGCAGCAGCAAUGAGACCUGUGCAUUCACGCUGGGUGGUAUUUUAUUAUUUGGUAAAAACAGGGGCUGGUCUGCAUGCCCCAUGAAGUUGUACAAACUCUGUGCUGCCCUCUCCCCGCCAGUCCUCUAUCCUCCUGGGAAGGUCAUUUUCCUGGGGCCAUGUCGCCUUCCUCCUCGUUUGAGAGCCUUGACUUUGGGCACGAUGGGGGCGGGGGCGUCCCUGCCCCACUGUCACCUCCGAGAAGGGCGGAGGGCCGUGCUCCUACCCUGCCCUGUGCCGCCUCCUCAGGGAGAUCACCCCGGCCUCUCGGACCGUUCCCAGGACGUCCUGGCGGUAGUGCCAGCCGUCUGGCGCUGCUGGUCCCCAGCACGCUGGCCAAAGGCUGCAGAAGGUCCUAAACAGUGUAUGAGUGUAGAGUCCUGUCACAUCCUUGUACUGAACCCCUCACAGCCAAGGCCUGUGUGGUUUCAGGUGGGGAGACAGACACCCCCACCCCCGCAGUUGCCCUCGGUCCUGUAUGAAUUGCACCUGUGCUCUUUGGUUGCUCAGUGGGAAGUUGAAAUAGAAAAUCAUUGUUAUUUUACACUUAAAAAAAUGUUUUUUAAUUGGAGGAUAAUUGCUUGACAGUGUUGUAUUGGUUUCUGCUGUACAAC